AUGGUGAGCCCAACAACUUCUGAAGUGCAGCCCACCAUGGGGGUCAAGAUCUUCUCAGCCGGUGUGGCGGCCUGCCUGGCAGAUAUCAUUACCUUCCCGCUGGACACCGCCAAAGUCCGGCUUCAGAUCCAAGGUGAAGGCCCAGCCUCCAGCACCAUUCGGUAUAAAGGUGUCCUAGGGACCAUCACCACCCUGGCAAAAACAGAAGGGGUGCCGAAACUGUACAGCGGUCUGCCUGCGGGCAUUCAGAGGCAAAUCAGCUUCGCCUCACUCAGGAUUGGCCUCUACGAUACCGUCCAAGAGUACUUCGCUUCAGGGAGAGAAACACCUGCCACUUUGGGGAACAAGAUCUCAGCUGGCUUAAUGACUGGAGGUGUGGCAGUAUUCAUCGGGCAACCUACAGAAGUCGUGAAAGUCAGAAUGCAAGCACAGAGCCAUCUACACGGCAUCAAACCCCGCUACACUGGAACUUACAAUGCUUACAGAAUUAUAGCCACAACAGAAAGCUUGUCAACACUCUGGAAAGGGACAACCCCUAAUCUAAUGAGAAAUGUCAUCAUCAAUUGUACAGAGCUGGUAACAUAUGACCUCAUGAAGGGGGCCCUGGUGAAUAACCGAAUACUGGCAGAUGACGUCCCAUGCCAUUUGCUGUCAGCUCUUGUUGCCGGCUUCUGCACCACACUGCUGGCCUCUCCAGUGGAUGUGGUGAAAACGAGAUUCAUCAACUCUCUACCAGGACAGUACCCGAGUGUGCCCAGCUGUGCAAUGACCAUGUUCAACAAGGAAGGACCAACGGCCUUCUUCAAAGGGUUUGUGCCUUCUUUCCUGCGACUGGGCUCCUGGAACGUCAUCAUGUUUGUGUGCUUUGAGCAGCUGAAAAAAGAACUGAUGAAGUCAAGGCAGACGGUGGACUGUACCACAUAA